AUGCAGGAUUUGGAUCAGCUGCUUCCUGCAUCUGACAACGAAGACCCCCCUCUUCCCAGUUCCUCUGCUUCCAGAGCAGCGGAGGACACGAUCAGCAUUCAUAGAGAUGUUUGUGCAAGCAGGCCAGACAUCGAAGAAACCAAAGCAAGAUUCGCACCCGCAGCACCUGCUUCCGCUAGUCAAGCGAAGUCAAGUGCUGCUCACGCGCAGCCAGGCCUCCAAAGCGAAGAGAUAUCGAAGAUAUCAGAUGUACCAAGCAGCGAGGAUGUAGAUUCGUGUGAAUCUGAUUCUGACGAGGAUAUUGAAGAUAUCGAUGCACUUCUUGAGGACAAUGGUGACAAACACUCAAUACCUUGUACCCCAUCUUCUGCCUACAUAGUGCCAGAAACGGCUGGAAACCUCCAGUCGCAAGAUGCUGAUCAGACGGACAGACCAUACAAGCUCACGUCCCAAGACAUCGAAGGCUCAGACGCCAAAAGCCUCGCUAUAUCUCGCAAUGCAGGAAAUCUGGGAAUGGCAAGGAGCUCUGAGGGCCAUGACAAGCAAAAAGAUGAGGACAAAGUAGCCGUCUUGGACAAAGUCUCAGAACGCAUCAUUGUUCAUCAACCGUUGUCCGCGCUGCCUUCAGCUGGUGCCAAGUUCAUGCGCCCGGACAAGAUCAAGCAGGCUGAAGAACCAGCUGUGUGUGAAAGAAGAUCCACAGGCCAAGUAGGCCAGCCGAGUGAUCUCCGUGAUGAUGGCAACUGUGACGACCACUCGCGCCCACUUGGUUCGGUUCCUUUCGAAAGGACCUCCCCAAUUCGGGAUCUCCAGGAACUUCGAAUUUGUGCGGCAGAAGCUGAGAGGCUUUGGCAAGAGCAAACGAGCCUUGAGGUUUCUUGCGAUAUUCUGCAAGCCCUCACUUGCAUAAAGGCAAAGUCUCACUCUUUUCAUGCAAUUGUAGCUGAGUUGCAAGAAAGAGUGAGGUUGCAAGAACACGCGGCUCGAAAAUUGGAUGAGAUUUGCCAGGAACUUUCCCGCAGUGACGCAAUGCAGCAGUCACCUUAUCGAAACAAGCUAAUUGAAGAGAGGCAAUUGCAGAAAGAGCUUCAGAAUGAACCGAUGAAGCAACAGGAGGCGGAGGCUACACUUGCAGAUCGUGAACAAAUGUGGCUGGUUCAACUUGAAAGAGAGGCCAGAAAGCUUCGGGAACAACUGAUGUCGAAAAUCCGUCUCCAAGCCAAAGCGCGCGCCCCAAAGGUCCUUGCUGAAGCUGAAGCAAGAAGAGCUGCUGCGGAACAACUGCGGAGAUCAGCCAAAGCUUCCUUAGAAAUUCGGAAGAGUCUUCAGCUGCCUAGUGAGGCGAAGGCAGAAGUGCGAAAGGGCCCAAAGACAGGCCCUCCAAAAGCUGCACUCCCCCGUGGAGGCCAUUCAAGCCCCUUCAAUCCCCCGCGCAGAAAUAUCGAGGCGCUGCAUUUGCGGUGUUCAUAA